CAGACGUAGUGCAUGCAGCAGCUCAGCAUAAGGACUAGACUCCCAGGAGAGCUGAUCUCUAGGGAUUUCUGAGGAGCUGUGGGGGGGCACUCACUGACAGGCCCUUGAUACUUCAUACCACAGCUGGAUACCAUCUCCUCCCAGUGCCAUGGAGCUAGAUCUGUGACACUUCCCUUGGAAGCUCCAGGGAAGCAGCACCAGGUCCCAUGACAAGAGAAGACGUUUCUGAGACACUGCUGCCCUGAUGAUCAUUUGGGGAGGUUGUUCCCUGUUCCAUUGCACCACAAGGCCAUAAAUGUCCCACCAGAAGUGGAGCGGCUUUACUAGCUUGCCAGCCCAGUACAGCAGUGAUGGAUGCUUCCAGUUCAGCACUGACUUGGGGUCCUUGGGCUGGACUGGCAAGAGCCUUGAGAGACACAGGAGAGGUCCACGAGCAUCUCCACCCUCCUCCAUGUUGGAACUGGAAAGAAGCUACAUUAACAGCUGCCCACUCUUGGGCAGGGCCCCAUUCCAAGCAGAGAACUCUCUUCCUGGGACACAAGGAUCUCUGGAGCCCAAUCCCUCACACAACCCCUGGAAAGUGGACAGCAGGGGCUUUCUCAGCUCCCAGCUUGUUGAACGAGCCAGGUCCACGAGCCCCCUGCGAGGGAUCCACUCUAUCAAUAGUGGGAUCACAGAGGAGAGCUGAGCCAGAGCUCUGUCUUCAGAAGGCUCCCAGGGGUCUGCGGUGGCAGGAGGAAAAAUUGGAGAAGUGGGAUAAGAAGCUGGCACUCAGCAGUGUGAAGUAUGAGCUGCUUUCUCUUAAAAAGAAGCAGAUGGAGAGGUCCCUGGCUCAGCUAGAGAAAGAAAAGAACUGGCUGGAGCUGUCUCGCUACGAAGACGAGAGGCAGAGCGGGGACCUGCGUGAAAAGAUCCUUCAUUUGGAGAUGGAGAUGGCAAAGGCUAAAACCUGCUUGGGCAGAAUGAGGUGCUGCUCGGUCUCACCAACUCCCCGCUCUGCGGGAAGGAAGGAGCAGAGCCAAGAAAUGACAGCUCUUCAAGAAACCCUGAGUAGCUUUCAGGACCGACUGAAGGACUUGGAGGGAGAGCGAGAGGAAAUGGCCCUUCAGCUGAGCUCCACCAAAGAAGCUCAGCAGCUGGCUUUCAGUCAGACCAGUGAGGCCAAUCAGAGAGCAACAGACUUGUUUCAGGCAAACAAAGCCCUGCAUGAAGAAAUCAACAGACUCCAAGCAGCGUGCAGUAGCAUCAGCCUGGAGAAGGAGCUGCUGUCUUCCAAGGUAGUCAGGCUGGAGGAGGGAGUGUCUGAGCUGACAAUGAAGCUAAAGCCUGCCUUGUCUGACAGGAACAGACUCCUGAAGGAGAAGGUGGAGCUGCAUCAGCAGGUGCAGGCACUCACCCUGCAGCUGGAACAUGCACAGAGGAGCCAAGAGGGGUUUAAUGACCAAGUGUCAGACCUUCAUGUGGAGCUGGUGAGCACUAAAGCCCAGGCCAACCGCCAGGACCAAGAGAAGGUCCGGAUGAAAGAGGAGUUGGAGACCAUCCAACAGGAGAAUGAGAUGCUGUCCUCUGAGCUGGGUCAGAGCCAGCAGAGGCUGGAAACUUCCCUGGAUCAGCUCCAUCAGUUGGAGGCUGAGAAGAAGAUUCUCACCAACCAGAUCCAGGCUCUGGAGAUGGAGCGCACCCAACUGCUAAGGGAGCAGCAGGAUGCUAGAGGCCAGGGAGAGGACAUGCAGGCUCUUCAGGAGACCUGCAAAGAGCUCAGGAUCUCACAGUCCCUGCUGCAGAGGGAGAAGGAGAUGCUGCAGGCUCGCUGUGAGGAGCUGGAGGCUGCCCUGCAGCACAAGAGGGAGGAGAUAGGCUGCCAGCUGACAGAGCAGCAACAGGUUGCCCAGCACUGGAAGGACAGGUGGCACCAGGUGGCCGUGGCCCUGAAGACUAAAGAGGAGGAACUAGAGCACGCACACCAUGAGCAGCAGAGCCUGUCUGCCAAGUAUGCCAAGAUCCUGCAGGACAGUGAGAUGCUUGAGGCGGAUGCAGAGGAGUUGUCUGAGCUGAAAGGUGCCAUGCACAGCUUGAAGGAAGAAAACAAAGACUUAUUGAGGCAGCUGGAGGAGCAUCGCAAGGCCAGCCAGGUGCUGCUGCAACAGCAAGAUCCGUCUGCAAAUGCAUCUCUGCAGGCAUUGGGCUCUGAGAAGACUUCAGACCAGGAUGCCCUUUACAAAGAGAACGAGGGAACCCAUGACAACGUAAAGCAAGUAGAGAAUGAAAAAUCUGAGAGGGCGGCAGAGAUCAGGAUGUCACAGCAGGACAUUGCUUCACUCCUCCGGGUUGAACUGCAGGCUUGCAAGCAAGAGCUGGAACUGGAAAGGAGCCGUAGUCAGGACCUGCAUCGCAAAAUGCAGUUGCUGAAGGCUGAGAGCAAGCAUGGUGCUCCUCCUUCCCCACAGCAGAUCACCUUCCCAGCAGAACCUGGGGACACUGCGGCAGCUGCUGUAGAGACAGAUCACCCUGUGUCUUCUCCACAGCACCGUUUUUCCCAGAUUUCAGAUCCUCACAGAGAACUGUUGGUGAUGGAGAGCUCCUGGGGCAUGAGGGACUCAGGGAGCCUGUCAGAGAUGAAGAGUCUGCAGCAGGAGCUCCAGAGGCAGGUGGCAUCCCAGCAGGAAAAGGAAGAGCUGAUCUGGGCUCUGAGAGAGGAACUGGAAGAACUGAAACAAAGGAAGUCUGGAGACCUCAAGGCCUCCCUGGAGGAAGUAGAUACAGAGCUGGUUCUGGUCCAAGAAGAGCUUCAGAAGGUUUGGGGCAUGCUGAAAACACGUGACAUGGAGCUGGAAGAACAACAUCUAGAACUCGAAUCUGCCAGAAGCCAGUACACGGAAUGCAGCUCGGAGAAGCUGAGACUGGAGCAACUCGUGACCUCUCUGGAGCAAGAGCUGGCUGAGAAAGAACAGGCCUUAAGGCACCUCAGGCAAGCGAAGCAGAUGGAGAAAACUGAGCUGGAGAUUAAAGCCUCUUCAUUAGAGCAGAAGCUGGCUGAAAUGGAGGUCCUGAGAGACAGCACCCCACACCUUGGUCAGGCUCCUGUCUCGCCGGCAGUGCAGAACAGGUCCCCUGGGCAGAGUCGUGACAGCCGCUGCCAAGGGAAAUGCUCUCGCUGUGAUUCCCUUCUGGACCAGCUGGACAAGAUGAUCCAAAGCUGCAUGGACAAAGGAAGGAAUAUUGAGGAGGACAAGGACCAGGCUUUCACCUACCUGUGUGAGCUUCGGGAACUCCUCAAGGGCGUGAGUCAACGCCUGGAUGGACAUGUCACGAAGAACCCCCAAGCAGAGGUUCAGCGCCUGAAACAGCAGCAUCAGCUGGUGACCGAGCAGCUCAAGGGCCUGUUCAAGCAGAGACAACACCUACCAUCAGGCUGCAGGAAGCUGCCAGGAAGACAGAAGGCCGGGAACUCAGCAGAGCAGUGGGCUAGGAUAUCUCAAGAGGAUGUGAGAGGAGACACCAAGAAACCCAAGGAGGAGCUGAAGGAAAAGCAGGCAGGAGACAUGGGCCUCCCUGGCAGCACUGAAGAUGCCCAAAGCCUCAGGCAGCAACUGCAAGAGAAAACAGAAACGGUCUCUGCCAUGACCUCCGAGAUUCAGGGGCUGCGGCAGAAGAAUGAAAACCUGAUGAAAGCAAAACUGAGGUUUCAGCAGCAAAUCCAGGCCAUCCGCAGCCUCCCCCAGCAGCACCAGGAAAGGACCAGCUCUAACUUACUGGUACCUCGGCUCUCCAGCUGGCAGGAGCUGGACCUGGCAUCGAGCCAGCGGAGUGACAGCCCAGCACCUUCUGGUGGUGAACAACACGCUUCGUCCCUGUCCUCCUCGUGCAACAGGGAGGACUUGUGUGUGGCCACACAAGUGGCAUUUCCUGAUGCUGGAGAUGAGCACAGGAGCUUUGCUUCUGAAAGCAGUGGCAGGCAGCUCCACAGGUCCCAGAUGAGGUCAGAACCACCCACCCUGGGGAGCAAGCUACCAGCCACUCCUCUGAGCAGGGAGCUGCCCCCACCUUGCCAGCAGAGUCUUCCCUCCUCCCCUGUGGCCUCUGGCAAAUGCUCCCCAGAGCCCGGGUCCUUGCUGCUGAGCUCCCAUAGUCAGGCUGGCAGCCAGGAAUCCUUGCUCACUCCCAGGGGAUCAGCCCUUCUCUUGCCAAAACCCUUCCAGCUGCAAAGACCUAGGUCUCCCUUUAAAUUCAUGGGGAGCCCUGAACCUUCAGAUAACUAAGGUAGGGAACAGCUGUGAUGGCAGAAACAUCCUGUGUGCUGCUUAAAGGUCAGGUAUCCAGGUUGAAGCCAUAUUGGU